GACAGCAUGGGCUCAGGGCUGGGAAAUGAUGUUGAUACAUCCAUGGGUUCGGUAGGUGAAGUUUGGAGGAACUGCGGCACCAUUGCCUCGCAAGGAUUGAAGGGAAUUCCCUGUCUCCAACAGAAAGCUGCUUUUGCAACAACACACAGGGACACAAGAUGGUUUGGAAAUAGCCCACAGCAGAAUAUUUGCUUUUUCUUUCUAUUGUACUGGCUGAUGUUUUUAGAGUGCCACUCCAUGGGAUUAUAAACCUGGCUCUGUCAAACUUCUCUGUGCAUGGGUGUCCAGCACACUGUGCUCUCAGCCUCCGCCCUUGCAGAGCUCAGAGACACAAAGAGGUGGGGAUGUUGGAAAUUGAUCAGAUGAACCUGGAUUUUCCUUCUCAGUGGCAGUCCACACUGAGAUGCCGGCUGGCUGGUAUUUCUGCUAUCCGUGCUGCAUCUCUAAGCAGCAGCCACUUUGCUACAGGCAACGAAAAUGGUGCUAUUUUCCCCCCCUUAGCCAAAGGUUCAACCCCUCCCGCAUUUAAUGGCUCUGGGAUCCGGGACUGCGGCAUGGGCUGGUGUGUGUGGCUCACUCAGGCUCUGUACGCCUAGCUGAUGAAAUGCAGAAUGCCGACGGACAUCUGCACAUGGGCUUUGUGUGUUUGCGCAGGAAAAGGCAUUCGCUUCACUCGACUUCUACCUCUUCCCCUCUGCAAUAAGCAGCGACCUGUGCUCUGUGUCCCCACCAGAAUGGCUAAGGCUGGAGAGCAUUUUCAUCGCUUCAUGUCGUUAUCGGCAAACCGUGAUUCCUAUUUUUAGGCACUCUGCUUCCUUGCCCCUCCUUUCGCUAGCGUGCUGAGUCUCAGAAAUAACCUGAGCCUCGUUUGCAUCAUGGGUGUGGGGCUGGACCUUACUCACACAGCUGAUGUAGCAGGUUUGGCCGAAGCAGCAGAUCUAGCUUGUUUCCACCCAGUCGCUGACAAAGGAGUCAAUAUGAGAGGUGUCGAGCCCCAGCUGUCAGCCCAAAGCAAGGUUGCCAGGAGCUCUGUCUCUGUUCUGUCUCUUCUCAGCCAUUGUGUUAGGUUUGGACAAGUGCUUUGGUAGCAUCAAAUGGGGAAAAAAACAAGCAAGCAUAGUGCAGCCAGCAUUACUGCAGGUGCAUGGAACUCUAGCAUGAUAACUGCCGCUCUCGGGGUCCCCCAGCAGCCGUGUUCUGUGCCCAUCUUCACUGGCUUAGCAUUGGAAGUGGGCCAGUAAAUGUUUCCCAAGUGUUGUAGAGAGCAUUGCCUGUAUGUCUUCCAGAGGACAGAUGUCACAUACAGGUGGAUACGAACCUUUAACGCCCUCAAGAGAUUUUGGAAAAUCCUUUGGCCUGGCCAGAGGCUCCAUGAGCCAGGGCGUGUCGGAUAACGGUGUGUGUCUGCUCAUCUCUCAGCGGCCCGUGCUGGCUGGCCAAUCAGAUACCUGGACACGCCAGGCCCCCUGUCGCCGGGGAGCCACCACAGCCAGCAUUAUUCACAAGCAUGUGCUACGCACAGCGAUUGAUGUCUGUCGUGACACAAAGGCUGCACCUAGGCCAGGUGUUUCCUGCUGGGACAGUGAGGGAGCAGACUUGCCUGAUGCCAAAGCAACUGAUCACUCUGGGCUCUUUUCCAAGGGAAGUUACUAUUGGACCAAUUUCAUACCAGCAGCGUUAUCUGACCAUGGUGAAACUGGGCAGCAAUCUCUGCGAGAAGCCGGACAAGGAGCAGGGCGCUGGCAGCAGUGAUGACAGCUUUGACAACAUCCCUUUGAUAACACCACUGGACGUCAAUCAGCUACAGCAGCCCUUCCCUGACAAGGUGAUUGUCAAGACCAGAACGGAGUACCAGCUCCAGCAGAAGAAGAAGAGAAAGUUGCAUGUCCCCGGAAUUAAAAAACUGAACAUAAACCUGUACGAUGAAGUAUCAGAAAAGGUCAAGCUGACAGGGUUGAUUCUCAUCACGGUGGCCUUCCUGGCCUGCCUGCUCAUGCUGGUCAUGUACAAGGCGCUGUGGUAUGACCAGCUAAGCUGCCCAGAGGGCUUUGUGUUUAAGCACAAGCACUGUACUCCCGCCGCACUGGAGAUGUACUAUUCGGAGCAGGAAGUGGGACCCCAAGGAAGUCUCUACACGGCCAUUAACCACUUAAAUCAAGGCAAGAAAACCAUCCCUGAACUGCCAUCCCCUUGGUUACCGGUCAUUAAUGCCUUGAAGGAAGGUGAGAAAGGCAAAGAGGAUCCGGCUGGCAUUCAGCAGUAAGGGACAGGAGCCAGACACACCUGGACUGUGGUUCCGGGAGUGCGUGUAUUAACUUCAAGGAGAGUAUUAACCCAUUCAAAGCUAGUUUUGUGUCCCAAAUCAACCAACAAAAAGACAAUGCUGAAAGGGCGCCUAGGGCAGGAACAAAAUUGUUUUCUUUCUGGCACAGAGAAGAGAUUUUGCUCCAUUCUGAGAGAUGCCCCUCCCCCAAUCUCUUGAGCAUAAAAACGUUGUCUGAACGGUUAUUCUUUGCUUUUCUUUAUUUCUGUGUAUUUAUAACGGGGGCUGCAGGGGGAAUCUGUCGGCGCGGUGGCCGAGUAGCCAUUAGAACGCCAUGCCAUGCCAAGGCUGAGAUGCGUUUUUCUGCACCUCCAUGGAUAAUUUGAGAUGGACUGAAGUAAUACUCUUCUUCAUGCUAUAUAGGGGUUAGCUUUUGUCUGCACACAUUGCAUUAGCCCCAGAAGGACCUUUCGGUCCCUGUCCAGUCGUGUUUCGUUAAUGGUUUUUUGACACGGUGGUUGCUGAGUGCCCAUGACCACCUUCAUGGCAGGAGGGAAGAAAAUAGGCUAUGGGCACACCAGAAAAACAGCAACCUUUUAGAGCAGCUAAGUGCUUCAGCGUUGCUAUCCAGUGCUGUAUGGAGGCAAAUGUUAACACGCAUUGCACUUUAAUUUGAGUAAGCUUUUAAAUGUCAUUUAUGCUUCGCUAGUCUUGGUUGCAAUUUGAUUGCUAAUUACCAGGCUAAAUCUGACACCAUUUAAUUACAUUGCUGCUGGCUAUGGUACCUUUUUUGUUUGGUCAUUAACACAUCUUCAAGGAUGUAGGAUCUGGUUGAUGUGAAAUCAUUGUACCACUCUCGUUUGCACCGUGUGUUUGUCUGUGUGUGUGUGUGUGUGUGUAUACUGAUUUUAGGCCCUCGCGUUGUGGAACAUCAUUGGCGAUUUUACACCACUUUGUACAUUUUUAUAGAGAUUGUGAUUUGUCACCUUGCAACAAAGCAUUUCCAAGUGCCAAAAUGAAUGUGGUGAUCAGCAGCUUUUCUGUAAGUAAAAAUAAAUGUUCAUCUUCA